AUGUCGUCAUCAACUUUGACAGCUAUUCAAAAUCAACUCAGUCUUUAUGGGAAUGCAAUUUUUGCGGUCGUGGGAAAUAUUGGUAACGUAUUCAUCAUUUUAAUUUUUGGUCGACAACAUACAACUGCAUGUUCAAUUUAUUUAAUAAGUUCAGCUGUCGUGAAUUUUAUUUUUUUAACGGUGAAUGGCUAUUUUCAAAUAUUUCCUUUUAAUUAUAGUGGUGGAACAAAUGGUUCAAUAAUUUUUUGUAAAGUAUCUGCUUAUAUACUAAAUGUUCUCGGACAAUUAUCGAAAACAAUACUUAUAUUCGCAUGUAUGGAUCGUUUCCUGAUUACAAGUGAACGUGCUAGUAUUCGAGCAUUUACUACAAUUAAGCGAGCAAAAUAUCUUAUCUUGCUUUCUUUUAUUUUUUGGUCAUUAUUUACUCUCCAUGUUCCUAUCAUGAGAACAGUUACUAAUGGACGAUGUGGUGCAUCUGGCAUUUAUUCAACAAUUUUUGCAUUUCUAUUUGUUAGUUUAUUUCCAAUUAUCAUAGCAGCUAUAUUUGGUCAUUUAACUUAUCAAAAUAUGAGACAAAUGCAAAUUCGUGUUCAUCCAACUGUACAAAAUACAAAUAAUUUUUUGCAACGACGAGAUCGAGAUUUAUUAACUAUUGUUACUGCUGAAAUAAUUACUUAUGUUGUUACAACAACUCUAUAUCCCGUUAUUCUUUUAGAAACAAUAAUAAGUCAAAAUGUUGUAUCAAAUAAAAGUGUGCUAUAUUCACAAAUUGAAGGUUUUAUACUUAGUAUUGCAUAUCUUUUAUUAUUCUCUAAUAGUGCUGCACCUUUCUAUACUUAUUUUAUUGCAUCAAAAUCAUUUCGUCGAGAUUUUAAAAAAUUAAUUGUAAAUAUUUAUCACAAAAUAACAAGACAAAAACCUGUUGAGAAUAAUACUACAAUAACUCGAGCAUUAACACAACAAGAGACUCGCGUUUAG